AUGACGUGCCCGACUCAAGAAUCUGAGAGCUUCGAUAGGCCUCACAUGGAACUUCCUGGAUCGCUUCCUCGCCUUGCAUCGGCCGUUCUAGCAGCGGUUCCAGACGCCAUUGUUGUGACGCAGAGCGGCACUCCGUUCAACUUGCUCUGGGUUGAACGGGCCAAGACUCAUUUACAUGCUUGGCUAGCUGGAAACGAGACUGGAAACGGCAUUGCUGAUGUCUUGUUCGGCGCAACAUGCCCUAGUGGAAAGCUCCCGCUCUCGUUUCCGCGUCGCAUACAGGACACGUCAAUCUUUUUGAACUUUGGUAGCGAGAGGGGACGCGUUAUAUAUGGUGAAGAUAUCUACGUUGGGUACCAAUACCACGAAAAGGUUGACCGAGACGUGCUAUAUCCUUUUGGACACGGUCUAUCUUAUACCACAUUUACCUACGAUAAGCUGCACGUCGAAUCCUCAUAAGUGAGCUUCUAGAUCACCAAUUCUGGUUCCGUUGCCGGAGCAGAAGUCUACCAGCUUUACAUCGCUGCUGAAGAUACUACAUCCUCAAUCUAGAGACCCAGAAAGGAGUUGAAGGGUUUUAACAAAACCCUUUUGCAGCCUGGUGAGACGAAGAGGGCUGAGAUUUCACUGGAUAGAUUUGCUCCUUCAUUUUGGUAUGAAGAAUUACAUUGCUGGGUGAGUAAGAGAGGCGUGUACAGAGUACUGGUAGGAUCGAGUCGUAGCA